AUGACCGGCGAAUAUACCUGUGGACGUUGUCUACAGGUGCUCCGGCAACAGGUUGCGGCUCAUGGCCCUGUGAUCCGAUUGCAGACGGCAUAUAACCCAAGACGGAUAUACAGGCCAUCGGUCUCCCUCGUGCGAAGCUUUGGUUCACGAAGUGACAGUCGUUUCACAUCCAAAAAUCUCCAAGGCCACAUCAAACGGGCCACCACGCCUUCGUCUUGUAAUUCCAAUGCUGUAUCACACAGCGUUCCGCAAUAUGUGCAGCGCGCCACGUCCGCUACGUCGACUUACUCGCCAGAAACGCGUGCUUUGCUGCAACCAAACAACUUGUUCCACCCAUUUUCUCGGUCGCCUUCACCUUCGAUCCGGCAACGUGCUGCGUUUAUCAAACAAAAUGCUUUUUGCCCUCACCCUAGUCACCAACAGACCCGUGCACCAGUCUCCCCACAUGACCCCGAGUCGCGAAAGAGCCAGCAAAGCACGAGUCCCCCAGCCCAUUCGCAUUUUGAAUGCCCUGACUGUGGUGUCCCAAUCUAUUGCUCAGAAGGCCACUGGAUGGAUGACUUUGAGGCACAUUUGGAGAUUUGUGAGACCAUCAGACAGAUAAACGAGGAUGAUCACGAUCUCCACUCUGGUCGGUUUUUCCCCGAGUUUUCUUACCCGGGUCUUCAGGAUGAUAACUUCGUCAUCAACAUGACAAAUUGGGACACCUUUUUGUAUACGCGAGAGUUCGAUGCGAUCAACCAUGAUCGGAGUAUGCGGCAAGUGACUAGGAUGCUCACUUACCCUCUUACAAUUGGGAGUGUCUUGCACGAGCUGAGCCCUUACAGCGUUCGGAAAGGUGGUAGACUUACAGCUGAGGGACUCAAGAGUGUGAGCGCGCUUCGAUACACUCUGCACCCUCCCAAGACUGGAGAAGGAGUUGAUAUUCAAGGAUUGCGCUUGAAGGCCCCACCGAUUAGGAUAUUCAUUCUGGGCGCGCGCGCCGAGUCUUCACUACCUCGUGAUGUCUGGCUUCAGCUCAGUUAUAUCUUCCCACGAUCCCUCAUCCAUUUAAUUUUUAUUGGACCAGAGAGCAUGGCCAACCGAGACGCUGAGUUCCCACUUCCUGAACGGACGCCCGAGAACCCGUUCGGAGGGAUCGUGGAAGACAGACUUGGCGGGCAGAUGAAGAUUACAACGUACGUCGACUACUUCCACACAAUGUACAAAGCGCAAUAUUUCCAGCCGUUCGAUCCAUAUUUAGACUGUAUCAUGCUCUUCCAUCCUGGUCUCGGACACCCGGCCAGCUCCCAUGAAUGGGAAGAAACGCUACCACAACUACUAGAGACCAAAGUCCCGAUUAUCAGCACUGGCUAUACGCAGUGGGAUAUGGAGAGGGAUAUCAAUUGGGUCCAUGAGAAAUGUGCUGGUGAAUUUGAUAUCUUGUUGGAACCAGGCGAGAACAUCUUUCGCAGUCUGAGGUGGGAUCUCAAUGACUUGGACCCUCAUGAUGUUUCUUGCGGAAACUGGGGGUUAUGGGCAUUCAGAGGGAAAAGAUACGAGGCGACGCUCAAGGGUUAG